ACCGAGACUCAAAAACUGUCUAUCGCCCGUCGCAGGGUCGCUUUGCAACACACCAUCGACGAAUUCAACCUGGCUGCUGAACGAUAUCUUGGUCAAGGUUUUGAUGAGGAUGAAGAUGUGCCAGACAUGAAUCUAGCAUUCGUCGACGAUGAUACAGAUGCUCCUGAAGACGAUUGGCAGGAAGUUGGCAUAGAGCCCUCGGAAGAUGGUCCUGCGGCAGUCUUUCGCCCCGAGAUUACUGUCAUUCCUCUUCCAUCAAACAUCGGCUUGGCACGGUGCGAUGAACUGUCGGUGACAGACCUCGUCGCACAGGAGAUUACCCUGAGAGAAGGACAGGCCAACAAUCUUUUGCACCUACUCUGGGUUCAUCUCGCAGAUAAAGCUGUUCUCUUUCGCACCACAGUUUGUCCAGCUAAAUCGCAGGCCCGGUCAACCAGGGCCUGGGCGCAAGUGCAUUCAGUACAGCAGGUGAUCAGGCUUAACAGUCACAUUUAUAUGAAAUGUCGGCAGCAGCUGGUCAAAUUGGAGGCCUUCGGCGUGUUGGAAAAAUAUCAGCUGUUGGACAAGAAAGACUUAAAGACAAGUGCGGCAGUAGCGGACCCAAAUGCCCGGGGGCAGAGAAACUCUACUCUUCCGUGGUUUUGGUCAUUCGAGGUGCAGGCUGAUUCCACCAGCAGCGAUUUGAUGACCAAAUGCAAGGUGCAUUGGCUCCGUAUGAAAUCGUUGCGCGACCGUUGGGCCGAGGAGUUAUUAUUAGUGGAGCAUGAAAUGCGAUGGACCAUGGAUUUUUUCAUAUUCAAAAGCAGAGCAUGGUUGGCUAGAGCUGAAGGAGAUGCAGGCAACUGA